GCUUACACGUAAAUUACUCCCAAAGCUUCAAAUUAAAUCGGAGACCCUCCAAAGCUAACUGGGUCUAGCAAGUAACGAGAGAAAGAUACAAAAAAAUCGCCUUUAUUGAAAAUGAGAUGCAACAUUUUUUAAAGUAGACAUAAUGAAACUAUGUCGGAAGAUGGCAGUAGUGUAGCGCUAAAAUUUCCGUGAAGAAGAAGAGCAGCGCAUGAGUAAAUUUAGACAUUGGUGAAAACAUUCCUAUUAUUUACAUAUUUAAAGCAUGGCUCUUGUUCCUUAUGUGGAAAAUUCGUUACCUGCGCUUUCCAAGCUUCACAAUUCAUCAGCAAGAUUCCGCUUUGCUGACCACGAUCUCAGUCUUGCACAGGACUGGAAAAAACUCGGAGUAGCCGCUGUUGUGUGGGAUGCGGCAGUUGUCAUGUGCAUGUAUCUGGAGUUGGGAAGAGUGGAGUUAAAGGGAAAGCGAGCUAUUGAACUGGGAGCUGGCACUGGACUUGUAGGAAUUGUGGCAACCCUGCUGGGUGCUCACGUGACCAUCACAGACAGAGAGCCUGCCCUGGACUUCCUCACUGCCAACGUGAAGGCUAACCUUCCCCAACAUUUUCAAGAAUCAGUGGUUGUGUCUGAACUGACCUGGGGUAAAGGCCUUGAACAGUACCCUGCUGGAGGAUUUGAUCUAGUUCUGGGAGCUGACAUAAUUUACCUGGAGGACACAUUUAAGUCUCUGCUGCAGACUCUGGAGCACUUGUGUUCUGACACUACUGUGGUGUUGCUGGCCUGUAAGAUCCGCUAUGAGCGGGACACAAACUUUUUGAGCAUGCUUAGGCAGCAGUUCAAAGCUGAAGAGGUCUACUAUGAAAAAGAGAGGGACAUCCACAUAUACAAAGCAUAUAAACUACCCCCUAAGGGGGAUUUAUGAGAACUCAUUCAUUCCACAUGAUGAUCAAACAAGAAGUUUUAAAAGUCUGACCAGAAACACAUUUAUUAACAGCUGCCAAAAAUCUUAUCUUAUCUGAAUAGCUUGAACAUAAAGCACUAUAUUAUACAAGUUGGUGCUGACAUUUAGAAAUUGUGAAUAAAAGAAAAAUGUAUGAAUAGCAACAUAAAAAAGCAUACCAUCUUAUGACUAUACAUAUCUAAAUUUACAAUAUGGCAUUCCAUUAUGGUGAAAAUAUCCACUUUGUUCAAACAUUAAUUAUUUAGUUGCACUUUACAAUCCUCUGGCAGGGUGUAAUCAAACUGUAGAUGGGGUGUGAUGAUCCAUAAAAUUAAUCCUGAUCAAAUGAAAGGUGAUCCCUUGAUUGAGUAGCAAAAGUGUAAAAUCUUUUGAGAUAUCUCAGCUUGCAGCAGGCUUUGCCUACUUGUGCUGAAAUCUCAACAUGUCUGUCAACUUGUAUAAAAUGUCCAAGGAUUGUAAAUGCAAGGAAAGUGCACAUGCCACUUUGUAUUCCUAUAAAUAUAAUUUGAGGGACAGACUCAGCAGUGGAUGCCACUACAUCAAGAUACUGGUAUCAUCAUUAAAACUUAACCCUUGCAGAAUAUUUUUUUUCUCCUUUAAAAUGGUACACAAGUCAAUUAAGAGAAGAUCUGAGACAGUAAAAUAUAGAAACCAGGCAAUCUACCGUUACAGUGAUGUAGCAGAUAUAUUAUUUCUUUCAUUGCAAAACAAUUAAGGCUUGUUAUUUUUGGUUUUUGUUCAAAGAGAAUUGAAUUUUUUUUUAAAAAGGGAUUUAAAAAUCCAGAAUACAAAAAUAAGGAGAACUUAUUUAAAUGCCACUUUAAAAAUAAAAGUUUAACCGUUUGUUUUCAUUACGUUCUCUGAUAAAUGAGCAUCUUGUAUUAACUGGAGGCAAACUUUAGGAGGAAACAACCAAACCUCAGUAAUUAUACAUGUUAACUCUUCCUAAUUGUUGAUUUAAUAAAAACAAAAAGAAACAAAU